GCACAAGAGAAAAUAUGAUAUGUGUUAUGUCUCGAUUAAGAUUUACCUUUAAAAGCCGGUAGCACCGACUGAAAUUUAUCAGUUUGUCGACAGAAUUGAACAGUGCAAAAUGUUUAUCAAGGUAACUCUCCUAUUGACGACCCUGUUGGCUAUCUGCUCUAGCAGCCAAGUCAAUACCCAGUCUCUUGGCUAUUUGACACAGCAACAUCAUCCAGUGCAUCCAACCGUGGUCAACACAGUACAAACUGUACGAGUUCCACAACCAGUACCUGUUCCAGUACCACAGCCCAUACCUGUUCCUCAGCCUGUUCCUGUUCAGGUUCAAGUUGAGUCUAUUGAUCCAUAUCCACAGUACAAUUUUGCCUAUUCCGUGAAUGAUUUCCAAACUGGAGAUUCUAAGAGUCAGCACGAAACUAGGGAAGGUGACGUUGUUAGAGGCCAAUACAGUGUGAGCGAUCCUGAUGGUACCAGAAGAACUGUGGACUACUCAGCAGAUCCUCAGAAUGGCUUCAAUGCUGUCGUUCAGAGAACGCUGAUCAGUCAGCAUCCACAACAACUUUUGAGAACUCCACACUAAUGAUGAUGGGAAAUGGAACUGAAAUAAAAUAUCACCUAUGUCUUUUGCUUAUCUUUGCCUGUGAAUAUAUUUCUUAGUUUCUUUUGAUUUCCUACUGCCUGUAUAUAUCAAGAAUUUGUUUAUGUAACUAGAUCAUGUAUAUUCUCCCACCUUGUAUUCAGUAUUAUUGCUAAUAAAUCUAUAUUAUAUUA